UCCAUUACUGCUAGGACUUGCACUUGGCAUGUUUGUCGUUGUGACAGUGGUGGCAUUGUAUGGAUACCAUGCUACGAUUGUGGAGCGGCCAACUCCCGAACUCGUCAUCAAGGCUAUGAUGCUCCAGCCCCAACUGCAAUAUUGGAUACUGGCAGGACAUGGCAAUGGGGGCACUGUGGCAGCUCACGUUGCUGUUACCUUGCAUCCUAAGGUCGAGGCGCUGAUAUUAUUGGCGUCUCCUCUGCCCAGGGAUGUCAAUCUGAAGCUGCUGAACCUUCUAUUGGUGGUUGCCUACAGUGAGAACGAUACUUUGGUGACUUCAGCCGCGGUUAAGCGCUCCUUCUCCAGGAUGGCAGGGCGAAACGAUUCAAAACCAUACCCUGGAGACAUCCGCGUCAAAUUCGCCGAAGUUCCAAUGAAUGGCACCAAUGCCAAUGCUAUAUUCGACUCGAACCACCCUUUGUUUUCUGGUGUUCCUACAAAUAAAUGGGCGAUCGCAGGACACUCGGCAGGUGGUCUAGCGGCAUCUCUAUACGCUAGCAGGUUUAGGCACAGGAUAUAUGCGGCUGUGUUGCAUGCUGGAGCUUGGGCAGCAAAUUUCACACAAUCCGACCUUCCAGUAGUUCAAAUCUACGGUACCUUGGAUGAUAUAGGUCGCGGAGGAUAUGACAGAUAUCGAUACCGAAACACCGAUCCCCCUCCGGAAGGAUCCGGCCCUCUCGUCAACUUGGAGACCUCCAAAUUCGUCCCAUUACCGGUGCAAAUCACUACCAAGGCGGAGAUUAUGGGUAUCAGAUGGUUGAUCAGGUUGCGACACUUAGUCUGGAGCAACAACAUGGAGCAUUUGCUGAAGAGACCGUUGCAUUUCUUAGUGAAGUGCUCGUAAAAAAAUAAUUCUCGCCUAAUGAGUCAUAAACCAUAUGAUUUAAGAGCGAGGAGACAAGCAUGACAUGGCUGUCAAUUGCGUAGAAUGACAUGUAUCCUGCUGAUUCAUCUAUUCAAAAUAAUGUUCAUCCUUGGCAAGUUGGUCUUCUUA